GUAUACGUUACCUGUGCCUGCUCGCUACUCUCCCCCCAUUUGAACUGGAUUGGCUCAGAGCGGGUUGGAGAUUGUUCAGCGAGGGAUUCGAAGACGCACGCCAAAUGACUCCAGGAACAGCAUUGACCUGAGCUCAACACAGUGGAAUCAUGACCCUAGCAGCGUACAGAGAGAAGUUGAAAGAGCUCCCCCUGGUGUCUCUGUUCUGCUCCUGCAUCAACCCUCAGACCAUCGACUGUAAACCCACGUACAAAGCAGAAGAUGCGGUGGAUCUGGGCUGGUGUGUGAUAAAGGACGUGGAGGUGAUAGAGUUGAACAAGCGUUCUUCGGGCCAGGCCUUCGAGGUCAUCCUGAAGCCUCCGUCAUUUGAUGGCGUCCCAGAGUUCAACGCUACCAUGCCCCAACGCAGAGAACUCUCCAUGGAGGAGAUCCAGAAGAAACUAGAGGCUGCAGAGGAGAGGAGGAAGUGCCAAGAGGCUGAGCUGCGGAAGCACCUGGCAGAGAAGAGAGAGCACGAGAGAGAGGUGAUUCAGAAGGCCUUAGAGGAGAACAAUAACUUCAUCAAGAACGCCAAGGAGAAGCUGGAGCAGAAGAUGGAGGCCAACAAGGAGAACAGAGAGGCUCUACUGGCGGCCAUGUUGGAACGACUGCAGGAGAAGGACAAGCAUGCAGAAGAGGUGAGGAAAAAGGUACUAGCCUUGGCAGAUGUGGUGGAUCUGGGCUGGUGUGUGAUAAAGGACGUGGAGGUGAUAGAGUUGAACAAGCGUUCGUCGGGCCAGGCCUUCGAGGUCAUCCUGAAGCCUCCGUCAUUUGAUGGCGUCCCAGAGCUCAACGUUACCAUGCCCCAACGCAGGGAACUCUCCAUGGAGGAGAUCCAGAAGAAACUAGAUGCUGCAGAGGAGAGGAGGAAGUGUCAGGAGGCUGAGUUGCUGAAGCACCUGGCAGAGAAGAGAGAGCACGAGAGAGAGGUGAUUCAGAAGGCCUUAGAGGAGAACAACAACUUCAUCAAGAACGCCAAGGAGAAGCUGGAGCAGAAGAUGGAGGCCAACAAAGAGAACAGAGAGGCUCUACUGGCGGCCAUGUUGGAACGACUGCAGGAGAAGAAUAAACACGGCGAAGAGGUGAGGAAGAAAAAAAGAAGUGAAGGAGGAAGCCAGCUGGAAGACGAGUGGAGCGAGGGAGUGGGUUUUGUGAGUCCAUAAAAAAAAAACAGACCUGAAAACAAGCCAAUCUGAACUAUGAACACGGGAGUCAAUGUUCAUGUUAAUAAUGUAUUCGGUAACGAAUUGGAACAAGUGUACAAAACUAAACAGGGAUUCCACAACACACAACAAAAACAUUGUGAUGAAGUAAAAGAGACAAGGAUGUGUCUGGCUGGCAAUGUAAGGUGCACCAGGGUGUGAGUGGAUCUGGGUGUGAAUGGAUGUUUUAAUGACGAUGUUAAUUAUGUGGGGACAGACAGAGUGAAUCUGGCGUUUGUGCUGGAACACAGUGGAGUGGUAGGUUAUCAAUAUGGUGCCUCAGUCAGCGCCGAAACAUACAGUAGCACACCCUCAGAGCCCACUAUCCCACUAGCUGACUGAACACACCCUCAGAGCCCACUAUCGCAGAGCUGACUGAACACACCCUCAGAGCCCACUAUCCCACUAGCUGACUGAACACACCCUCAGAGCCCACUAUCACAGAGCUGACUGAACACACCCUCAGAGCCCACUAUCCCAGAGCUGACUGAACACACCCUCAGAGCCCACUAUCCCACUAGCUGAAUUAACACACCCUCAGAGCCCACUAUCGCAGAGCUGACUGAACACACCCUCAGAGCCCACUAUCCCAGAGCUGACUGAACACACCCUCAGAGCCCACUAUCCCAGAGCUGACUGAACACACCCUCAGAGCCCACUAUCCCAGAGCUGUCUGAACACACCCUCAGAGCCCACUAUCCCAGAGCUGACUGAACACACCCUCAGAGCCCACUAUCCCAGAGCUGACUAAACACACCCUCAGAGCCCACUAUCCCAGAGCUGACUGAACACACCCUCAGAGCCCACUAUCCCAGAGCUGACUGAACACACCCUCAGAGCCCACUAUCCCAGAGCUGACUGAACACACCCUCAGAUCCCACUAUCCCAGAGCUGACUGAACACACCCUCAGACCCCACUAUCCCACUAGCUGACUAAAACACCCUCAGAGCCCACUAUCCCAGAGCUGACUGAACACACCCUCAGAGCCCACUAUCCCACUAGCUGACUGAACACACCCUCGGAGCCCACUAUCCCACUAGCUGACUAAACAACAUCCACACUCUGUAUCUCACUUGCAGGCGCCUGCAACACAUCAAAAUGAUUUAUAGUGUAGAUACGUUUCUCCCUACAGCUUUAUCGGGAUGCUGUAACCAGCUCAUGCACCAUUUUGAAUUUACCGGGGAACACUGUCAAUGAUAAAUCAUUUGUGUAUAUCAGACAAAAGAUUGGAUUGUGUCAUUGGAAAAGGCUAAAUAUGUCUCAAAUACACUCAAAUAAUUUUAGCAAAUGUAUUAAAAAGGACAUACAGAAAUAUCUAAUUUACGUAAGUAUUCAAAACAGUCAAUAAAUGUUUGAAUCCACUUUGGCAUCG